GAUUUCUGCAUAGAAAAUCACCACAUUUCUUUUGAUGGGUUGAGGAGUGAAAGGAAAAAAAGAAAAAAAAAGUGCCAAAUCUUUGGGAAAAUUUUCAAUUGCUCCCGGAAGCCAUGGAAGAUCGCUUGAACCUGGGCAGAGAGGUGAGGGAAUUGAAGUUGGGCACCACAUUCACAAAUCCCAAUGCCGGGACGUCUUUUCACACGCUGAAAUAUGAUUUCAAGCCUGCCAGCGUUGAUCCCAGCAAAAUGGCCAUACUGAAUGUUGGCUCCAACAAUCAGGUUACCGUGACUGUACCCCAUCUGGAUAGUUCAGGUGUCCCAAAGACAGUUUUCAAGGGAAACCAGAAGAACUACACGAAGGAAUGUGUCCUGAUUGUGGACAAGAACACGGGGCAGGUGACGCUGGAGAGGCUUCAUCACAAUAUCCAGGUGAAGAAGACACGCACUGAGUCAACGAAUAAGAAUGUGCCUCCUCCUGUUGUGCCCAAAAUUGUCACGGAAAAUCUAACACAGCGAACCUCAUCCAAGACUAAAGUCUCCACUGGCGUCCGCAAGAAUGCAAUAACUGGAUUUGUGCCCAAGAAUUCUCCACAUCAAGGAUCUCCUUCUUAUCCACACCACAAGAGUCCCCAAUCAGCUCCAGCCUGGAACGCAAAUAAUGGACAGUCUACACUGCCCAGUAUUCCAAUUAUUGGACUGGACGACGAUCUCGUGCCACCAGUCACGAAUCAACCAUCGCAAGCGUCCCAAAUUGCCUCUGUAGGCGCCUCAAUGCCCAUUGUUGCCACGGAGGCAGUUUCGGAUUUUGGUUCCUCCUCCACAAGUACCACGAAUCUUGCCACCGGAAGUAGUGGCAAUAGUGUUGCAGAACCCGACCUUCUCUCAUCCUCAGACACUUCCUCAGAUUCCGAAUCGAGUGGGAGUGAUUCCGAUUCCGACAGCACACAGAGCUCUCGUGGUCAGGACAACACGCCGAGUAAUCACAUGGAAAACGGUGUGAUACCCACACAUUUGAUCAGCCUCAGCCGGGAUCUCUGCUUGUCAGAAUCCAAUUCAGACUCAGAUGAUGACUAAUUUAUUGUUUUUAUUUUAUUAUUUUUUGCUCCAAACUUUUGGAGGUUGUAAUUCAUUUUUUGCGUUAAAUCUUUUGAUAAAUAUUUGGGGUUUCAGCAAAGACAUUUAUCUGCAA